UGAACGGCCGUUACAGCUUCACCUUCACGUAUCACAGAGUGAAACAUAUCCAUCCACAAAGAAGGUUGAGGAACCUCGGUACGAUUCUCCCUUGGUCAUAGAGGACAUGCCGCACAUGGCACAAUUUGUUUACGACUUCUACUGGGGCAAGAUACAGAGGCUGCAGGCAUCGCGAGGGCACCAAAGGCAGAUGCAAGCGGAGCUGGCUAAACCCCCCGUGUCUCGCGAGCCACGCCCAGCCAAGCCAGCGGGCUGCGAGCAACCAAAGCCUCCUGGAAUACCUGCGGAAGUCCAGGCGAUUGGAGAGACGUCUAAGCCCCAAGAAGAGGAGGCUAUGGAGGAGGGGAGCAGCAACAAAGCAACCAAAGAGAGGCCGGGGGAGAGGAGGAUCAGAAGAUGGAAGAUUUAA